AUGACGUCCUCACCGAGCAACCCAGCCACUAUCAAUGGCCAGGCCAGAGAGCAGCCACAACUCAUGCCUAUCGCCAUCAUUGGCAUGUCAUGUCGCCUCUCUGGAGAUGUGUCCACCCUGGAUGAUUUUUGGCAAAUGGUGUCACGCAUGCGCUGUGGCUGGUCCGAGAUCCCACCGGAGCGCUUCAGCAAAGAUGCGUAUCAUCACCCAAACCCAGCAAAGAAAGGCGCCUUUAACACGACUGGAGGAUAUUUCCUUAAUCAGGACCCCGCGCUCUUUGACGCGCCCUUUUUCAACAUUACACAGGCUGAAGCCGAGUCCAUGGAUCCCCAGCAGAGACUUCUGCUCGAGUGUGCCUACGAAGCCAUCGAGAAUGCGGGAGUGCCAAAGGAGCAGAUAGUCGGCCAACGAGUCGGCGUCUUUGUCGGAGGCGCUGCCUCUGACUAUCGACUUGGAACGCUGCGCGACCUCGAGCAAACGCCAAUGUUUGACGCCACGGGUAACCACCAGUCCGUCAUGUCGGGACGUAUCUCGCACUACUUUGACCUGCGCGGUCCCAGUUUCACUGUCGAUACGGCGUGCUCGUCAUCCUUGUAUGCGUUGCAUCAGGCCGUGCAGAGCAUUCGCAGUGGCGAGUCUGAACAAGCUAUUGUCGCAGCUUGUCACUUGAAUCUGCAACCUGGAGACUGGGUAUCAAUGUCCUUGUCACGGCUAUUCUCCGAUGAAGGCAAGACUUAUGCUUUCGACAACCGUGCCAAGUCAGGUUUUGCUCGGGGCGAAGGUGCCGGUGCCCUGAUCUUGAAGCCACUCGAUCAGGCCUUGAAGGAUAAUGAUGCGAUCCGAUCCGUGAUUGUCAAUACGGGAGCUAACCAAGAUGGAAGGACUGUUGGCAUCACCUCUCCGUCGGGCGCGGCCCAAGAGCAGUUGAUGCGUGAGGUAUAUGACCGGGCAGGUAUUAAGCCCGAAGACGCCGGCUUCGUCGAGGCGCACGGUACAGGAACCAAGGUUGGAGACCCCAUCGAAGCCACGGCAAUCCACAACGUGUUUGGUCAAGGAAGGACAUCAAGACAGCCGCUUUAUCUUGGCUCGGUGAAGAGCAACUUUGGGCAUCUGGAGAAUGCCAGUGGAGUAAUUUCUGUCAUCAAGGCGGCGAUGAUGCUGCAAAAGGGGUUUAUUCUGCCCAACACAAAUUUUGCUUGCCCGAAUGAGAAUAUUCCCCUCGUGCAGUGGAACAUAAAGGUCCCAGUUGCGCAACGUCCAUGGCCAUCAAAUAAAAAGUACAUUAGUGUCAACAACUUUGGCUUUGGAGGCUCGAAUGCACACUGUAUUCUUGCAGCACCUCCGAUUGUUGAAAAACCCCGACAGGAUGUCGACAGUCAAAAGGCCGAAGCACAACAGCACCAGCGUGUCUUUGUUCUUUCAUCCAGUGACGAGGCUUCCGCCAAGAAGACCAUGGAGCAGCUCACCAUAUUCUUGGAGCAACAUCCCGAGGUCUUCCAAAAGGGGCUGAUGCGUAACCUGGCGUACACUCUUUGCCAAAGGCGUUCGCAUCCCCCAUGGAAAGUCGCUGUAACGGCAAAGUCGGCAUCUGAGCUGGCCGAGGCGCUGGCAUCCUCAGACACCAAGCCGGCCCGGACGUCACAGGUCCCCAAGAUCGCCUUUGUUUACACUGGCCAAGGCGCACAGUGGCAUGCCAUGGGCCGUGAGCUGCUUGGACGCUAUCACAUCUUUAGCAAUGUCAUCCAAGAAGCGGAUGAUUGCCUGAAGCGACUCGGUGCAGACUUUUCCUUGCUUGAAGAGCUCUCGAGAGACAAGGAAACUUCCCUUGUGGGUCGAGCGCACAUCAGUCAGCCUAUUUGCUCAGCAGUUCAACUCGGUCUCACAGAACUUCUCAAGUCUUGGGGGGUUACGCCACUUGCCGUGACUGGACAUUCCAGCGGAGAAAUAGGUGCAGCCUACGCUGCGGGUGCCCUAUCAUUGGAUUCGGCCAUGGCCAUUGCAUACUUUCGCGGCCAGGCAGUGGUCAAGAUGAAGCAGACUUAUCCAGAUCUCAAAGGCUCCAUGAUGGCAGUAGGUGCUGGGCCCGAUGAACUGCGACCACUAGUGGAGCAACUUCGCAGCGGUGAAGCCGUGGUGGCCUGCGAGAACUCUCCGAGCUCAGUGACCAUCUCGGGCGACGAGGCAGCUAUUGAUGAGCUGGCCAUCGAGAUGGAGAAGCGGCAACUUUUCAACAGGAAGCUCAGGGUUGAUGUUGCCUAUCACUCGCCACACAUGAAGCUCGUCGCCGACGACUAUAAGCGGUUCAUUGAGGACAUUGUACCACAAACCGGCAGUCCUGUACAGUUCUAUUCGUCGUUGCACGGCCACAAAAUUGAGCUCUCAACCCUGGACGCAUCGUACUGGGUCGACAACCUGACCCGCCCAGUGCGCUUCUCUACCUCUCUCACGGAACUUUGUCUAAACAGCGCGCCAGAUGUGAUUGUAGAGAUUGGACCACACGCAGCAUUGGAGGGACCAGUCAAGCAGACACUGAAGCAACUUGGUCAACAAGUCAAGAAGACUACUUAUUUGUCUGCCUUGGUCAGAAACAAGAAUGCCAUUACUACAGUAUUGGAGCUUGCGGCUAAACUGUACUCAAAGGGUCAAGCCUUGCAAUUUACACAAAUCAAUUUGGAAGAGGAGGAAGGAGAUCGGCCACAACUCGUCUCGGACCUCAUUCCUUAUCCCUGGUCUCGCCAACGGUACUGGUCCGAGAGUCGCCUGUCUUUGCAGCAUCGCCAAAAGCCUUUUCCUCGUCAUGAUUUACUGGGAAGCAUGGCUGACUUUUCCAACGAUUUGGCCCCCACAUGGCGAAACGUCCUCAGGACGGACGACAUUCCGUGGCUCAAAGAUCACAAGAUGCAGUCCCUAGUGACGUUCCCCUUUGCCGGCUUUGUCUCGAUGGCUGUCGAGGCUGCUGCUCAGCGAGCAAAGUUGCGUGGCGUCGAGUUCGAGAGGUUUAGCCUGCGCGAGAUUCAGGUCAAGAAGCCAUUGCUCAUGGAGGACGAGUCUGCUUACGAAGUCGUCCUGUCCAUGUCCCCAUUUCCUGAAGGCACGAGGUCUUAUUCUGAUGACUGGGACGAGUUCCGCAUCUGGUCUUGGGAGCAGGGCAAAGGAUGGAUGGAACACUGUCGCGGAUCGAUCGCUGCGAACAAGGGCGGUAAAGCAAACUUGAUCAGUUCAGCUCAUACCGGCAUCGCGUCUCGUAGAUUUCAGGUCGCAGACGAAGCGUGCCAUGAACACGUCGACGUCUCUGCUUUCUAUGACGAACUUACAGCACAAGGUGCCAUCUACGGUCCCACAUUCCGCAAGCUCGGAUCCAUCCGCGCCGGCAGUGGUUACUCUGUCGCCAAGUUUGACGUGGCAGAUACAACGGCGACCAUGCCACUGGAACAUCAGACGCCCUACCAUGUUCAUCCCACAUUGUUGGACCAGGUCUUUCAGCUGUCCUUUCCGAUAUUGGGCGCCGGUCGUUGCGGAAUGACCACUCUAUACAUGCCCUCGGCGAUCCAGGAGCUUCACAUUACGACAGAUACACCUGCGGCUGUCGGGACGGAGAUAUACGCAAUUGCACAAGGCGCUCCAGACCUCGAGGCGCCCAGGGCUGUCGACUUUGUCGUCGACGCUCUUCUCCGCCCGGACGACGAUCAAGCCAUAAUCAGCCUCGUCGGCUUGCAAAUGACGCCCGUCAAGAGCGAGAGCGCCAUCAGCGACAAGGCUUGCAAACUUUGCUUCAAGAUGCAAUGGGAUCCCGUGGAUGAGACUGAGGGCGAUUCAAGUCCUUCAACAAGUCCCACGUCAUUCGAAGGUAGCGAGGGCGGCUUUGACUCUACUGGCAGGUCGUCUCUCGUGGCGAGCAUGGAUGAGCAGAGUCUAAACGUGACUAGUCAGGUUCUCAAAUCCUGUCCUCAACCACUGCUCGUCUGCAACGAUUCCAAAGAUACUCUUGAGAGAAGCAAAGAUGAUGCCAACAAGGCCGAGCAAGCGAUUAACUCGCUAUGGGCGAGCAAGUCUACCAGAAUCGUUUCUUGCCAGGCCGAGUGCAACUUUGCUACCCUUUUGAGCGAGACCUUUUGCAGCAAAACUGGUCAAGAUGCUCUGAUCUGUUCACUUGAUACCUUGACUGACAUGGAGAACACCCAUAUCAUCAUGUGUGAGCUUGAAAAACCCAUACUCUCGGACCUCAACCAAGAGUCUUUUGCAAGAAUCCAAAAGCUUCUCGUGUCCUGUGCCGGGGUGCUCUGGAUCACAAUGGGCGCCUAUCUGAACGCGACCAACCCGACUGGAAACAUGGCCGUUGGGCUAACGAGAACGAUACGGUCAGAGACGGCUGCCAAGAUCGCCACGCUUGACUUGGACCCAGAGUCGGAGCUGCCCAUUUAUGCUCAGGCCGAGCUCGUUUUGGAGACCUUUGACAGGGUUUUCCAUGACGAUACCGUUGCCGAUAUGGAAUAUGCCGAACAGGACGGACGGCUGGUGGUACCGCGCAUCAUGGAAGAUGUCGAGAUGAACGACUUUGUUCAUCGUGAACUGCACAGCUCCUCCCCGUACCUACAGAGCUUUACGCACGAGACGCGGCGUCUGAAAAUGACCAUGGGUACUACGGGAGCUCUUGACACGCUGUUUUUCCAAGACGAGGAGGUCUACUCGCUUGGCAAACACGAAAUUGAAAUCCGCGUCGAGGCCACGGGCAUGAACUUUAAAGACGUGGUCAUUGCCAUGGGACAACUUCCAAGCCCAUACAUUGGCAUCGAGUGUGCAGGUACCGUAUCCAGGAUCGGCAGCGCAGUCGAGCGUCUGGCCGUAGGAGAUAGAGUCUGUGCCAUGUCCGAAGGGGCGUACAGCACGUUUGCGCGAUGCCCGGCUACCAGCGCCGCCAAGAUUCCGGCAGACAUGUCCUUUGCCGCGGCAUCUUCGAUUCCCGUGGUCUAUUGCACUGCCUAUUAUGGUCUCGUCGAGCUUGGGAGACUUUGCCCGGGCGAGCGCGUUCUCAUCCAUGCGGCGGCGGGCGGUGUUGGACAGGCGGCAAUGCAGCUGGCCCGAAUGCUGGGCGCCGAGAUUUACGCCACCGUUGGUAGUCCGGAGAAGAAGAAGUUCAUCAUGGACAAUUAUGGGAUUCCAUCCGACCACAUCUUCUCCAGUCGCGAUACUGCUUUUGGGGCGGCCAUUCGUGAGGCCACAAGGGGCGCUGGCAUCGACGUGGUCCUUAACUCGCUGGCAGGGGACUUUCUGCGCGAGACGUGGGACUGUAUUGCGCACUUUGGGCGGUUCAUCGAGAUUGGUAAACGAGACAUCACGUCCAACACUAGAUUGGAGAUGUCCAAGUUUAAAUACAACGCCACUUUUAGCUCUGUGGACUUGACAGUCUUGGCCAAGGAGCGGCCCCAGCAAAUGGGCGAAAUCUUCACAAAGGUCAUGGAUCUCUUUGACAGCGGUGUGGUUCAUCCAAUCUUCCCCGUCACCGUGUUUGGUAUCUCUGAAGUUGAAAAGGCGUUCCGUCUGCUGCAGAGUGGCAAGACGACUGGAAAGCUUGUAGUUGUCCCCCGUCCUGGUGAUCAAGUCAAGGCAACGCAUCUGAAGAACAGCUCUACCAGCCUCUUCCGAGGCAGUGCUACUUAUGUGAUCAUUGGUGGCACUGGUGGAUUGGGCCGAUCCAUGACUAGGUGGAUGGUUGGAAAGGGAGCUAGAAACAUUGUACUUCUUUCCCGGACCGGCGCCGUUCAAAGCCAUGUGGCCAGCCUUGUAGAAGAGAUGGAGCAAUUAUCUGCAAAAAUUGCUGUCAAGGCGUGCGAUGUCGCAUGUAUGGACAGCGUAACGGAGGUUGUCAGCUCUUGUACCCAGGAAUUGCCUCCUGUCGCCGGUGUCAUCCAUGCGGGCAUGGUGCUAAGAGAUGUUCUCUUCGAAAAAAUGACCUUUGAGGACUAUCAAACCGUCAUACGCUCCAAAGUCGCUGGCGCAUGGAAUAUGCACAACGCUCUAGCAGGGAAGUCUCUUGACUUCUUUAUUGUCAUUUCUUCAGCCGCCGGUAUUGUCGGUAAUCGCGGGCAGGCGGCCUACGCCGCAGCGAACACUUUUCUCGAUGCCUUUGUCCGGUACCGAACGCGCCUCGGUCUGGCCGCUACGGCGCUCGACCUAACGGCCGUGGAAGACGUCGGGUACCUGGCCGACAAUGCAGAACGCAAGGAUGACGUGCUGAGAAACCUUGGAGGUCAGAGUAUGAAUGAAGCCGAAGUGCUGGCGCUUGUCAUGGCCGCAGUCCAGGGCCGCAUGCGUGGUUCGUGUGGCAACCACUGCAUGACCGGCCUCGAUCUCGGGGAGGACAGCACCGCCCAAAGUCUCCCUUACUUUGCUGCAGAUGCCAAGUUUGAGCAUCUUCGCCAGGACUUGCCAUUCGCGCAGGCAUCAGCCGAUUCUGCAGCUCAGGUGCCCAUUGGCGUUGCCCUCUCCCGCGCUCAAUCCCACGAAGACGCCCUCCACAUUGUGGGCGCAGGACUUGCCAGCAAACUUGCCACUAUCCUCAUGGUGCCGGCAGAGGACUUGGAUCCAGAGACACCCAUCACAAAAUAUGGUCUUGACAGUCUUAAUGCCAUUGAGCUUAGAAAUUGGAUUACCAAGUCACUGGAGGCUAACUUGCAAGUCUUGGAACUUCUAACAGGUGGAUCGUUGACGAAUCUAUCAUCUAUUAUUAUUAAGAAACGGGUGGCUACAAAGGAUGGGGUCAUCGGGUCUGGUCACAAAUAG